GCCGGUACCGCGGGAUUUUAAUGUGCAACCGUGAACUCGCAGGCUGUUAAAGGAAGGCCGCGCCUUGGCCGCUACACCUUCCCCGUGGCGGGGAGAAAGCGCAGCUCCCGGCCUCCGCCGCAGCCAGCUCCAGGUCCCCCGGCCCGGAGCGGACUGAGACGGUGCGGUGCCCACGCUCUCGCGAGACUAGCGGUCGGGGCGGGCGGGUCGAGCCUCCCGGAAAUGGGCCAGUGGUACGGUCCGCUCCCACCUGGGACGAGUGCGCGCACGGCCCGGUGGGGUCCCGGGUGUGCCCAGGAACCCGCGCGAGGCGGAGUCGCUGAGACUGCCUGCUCCUCACCCAGCUGCCUCGGCCCUACCCCGGUCGCCCGCCGCCCCUCCCUUUGCCCUUCACGGCGCCCGGCCCUCCUUGGGCUGCGGCUUCUGUGAGCGGCUGGGCAGCCAACCUUUCCCCUUCUGUUUCUCCGCGUCCCCUCCCCCCGACCGUAGCACCAGAGUCGCGGGUCCUGCAGUGCCCGAGAAGCCGCACGUAUAACUCGCUCGGCGGGUAACUCAUUCGACUGUGGAGUUCUUUUAAUUCUUCUGAAAGAUUUCAAAUCCUCUAGAAGCCAAAAUGGGGCACAGUAAACAGAUUCGAAUUUUACUUCUGAACGAAAUGGAGAAGCUGGAAAAGACCCUCUUCAGACUUGAACAAGGGUAUGAACUACAGUUCCGAUUAGGCCCAACUUUACAGGGAAAAGCAGUUACCGUGUAUACAAAUUACCCAUUUCCUGGAGAAACAUUUAAUAGAGAAAAAUUCCGUUCUCUGGAUUGGGAAAAUCCAACAGAAAGAGAAGAUGAUUCUGAUAAAUACUGUAAAAUUAAUCUGCAACAAUCCGGUUCAUUUCAGUAUUAUUUCCUUCAAGGAAAUGAGAAAAGUGGUGGAGGUUACAUAGUUGUGGACCCCAUUUUACGUGUUGGUGCUGAUAAUCAUGUGCUACCCUUGGACUGUGUUACUCUUCAGACAUUUUUAGCUAAGUGUUUGGGACCUUUUGAUGAAUGGGAAAGCAGACUUAGGGUUGCAAAAGAAUCAGGCUACAACAUGAUUCAUUUUACCCCACUGCAGACUCUUGGACUAUCUAGGUCAUGCUAUUCCCUUGCCAAUCAGUUAGAAUUAAAUCCUGACUUUUCAAGACCUAAUAGAAAGUGUACCUGGAAUGAUGUUGGACAGCUAGUGGAAAAAUUAAAAAAGGAAUGGAAUGUUAUUUGUAUUACUGAUGUUGUCUACAAUCAUACUGCUGCUAAUAGUAAAUGGAUCCAGGAACAUCCAGAAUGUGCCUAUAAUCUUGUGAAUUCUCCACACUUAAAACCUGCCUGGGUCUUAGACAGAGCACUUUGGCGUUUCUCCUGUGAUGUUGCAGAAGGGAAAUACAAAGAAAAGGGAAUACCUGCUUUGAUUGAAAAUGAUCACCAUAUGAAUUCCAUCCGAAAAAUAAUUUGGGAGGAUAUUUUUCCAAAGCUUAAACUCUGGGAAUUUUUCCAAGUAGAUGUCAACAAAGCGGUUGAGCAAUUUAGAAGACUUCUUACACAAGAAAAUAGGCGAGUAACCAAGUCUGAUCCAAACCAACAUCUUACGAUUAUUCAAGAUCCUGAAUACAGACGGUUUGGCUGUACUGUAGAUAUGAACAUUGUACUAACGACUUUCAUACCACAUGACAAUGGGCCAGCAGCAAUUGAAGAAUGCUGUAAUUGGUUUCGUAAGAGAAUUGAGGAAUUAAAUUCAGAGAAGCAUCAACUCAUUAACUAUCAUCAGGAACAGGCAGUUAAUUGCCUUUUGGGAAAUGUGUUUUAUGAACGACUGGCUGGCCAUGGUCCAAAACUAGGACCUGUCACUAGAAAGCAUCCUUUAGUUACCAGGUAUUUUACUUUCCCAUUUGAAGAGACGGACUUCUCCAUGGAAGAAUCUAUGAUUCAUCUCCCAAAUAAAGCUUGUUUUCUGAUGGCACACAAUGGAUGGGUAAUGGGAGAUGAUCCUCUUCGAAACUUUGCUGAACCGGGUUCAGAAGUUUACCUAAGGAGAGAACUUAUUUGCUGGGGAGACAGUGUUAAAUUACGCUAUGGGAAUAAACCAGAGGACUGUCCUUAUCUCUGGGCACACAUGAAAAAAUACACUGAAAUAACUGCAACUUAUUUCCAGGGAGUGCGUCUUGAUAACUGCCACUCAACCCCUCUUCAUGUAGCUGAGUACAUGUUGGAUGCUGCUAGGAAUUUGCAACCCAAUUUAUAUGUAGUAGCUGAACUGUUCACAGGAAGUGAAGAUCUGGACAAUGUCUUUGUUACUAGACUGGGCAUUAGUUCCUUAAUAAGAGAGGCAAUGAGUGCAUAUAAUAGUCAUGAAGAGGGCAGAUUAGUUUACCGAUAUGGAGGAGAACCUGUUGGAUCCUUUGUUCAGCCCUGUUUGAGGCCUUUAAUGCCAGCUAUUGCACAUGCCCUGUUUAUGGAUAUUACGCAUGAUAAUGAGUGUCCUAUUGUGCAUAGAUCAGCGUAUGAUGCUCUUCCAAGUACUACAAUUGUUUCUAUGGCGUGUUGUGCUAGUGGAAGUACAAGAGGCUAUGAUGAAUUAGUGCCUCAUCAGAUUUCAGUGGUUUCUGAAGAACGGUUUUACACUAAGUGGAAUCCUGAAGCAUUGCCUUCAAAUACAGGUGAAGUUAAUUUCCAAAGCGGCAUUAUUGCAGCCAGGUGUGCUAUCAAUAAACUUCAUCAGGAGCUUGGAGCCAAGGGUUUUAUUCAGGUGUAUGUGGAUCAAGUUGAUGAAGACAUAGUGGCAGUAACAAGACACUCACCUAGCAUCCAUCAGUCUGUUGUGGCUGUAUCUAGAACUGCUUUCAGGAAUCCCAAGACUUCAUUUUACAGCAAGGAAGUACCUCAAAUGUGCAUCCCUGGCAAAAUUGAAGAAGUAGUUCUUGAAGCUAGAACUAUUGAGAGAAACACGAAACCUUAUAGGAAGGAUGAGAAUUCAAUCAAUGGAAUGCCAGAUAUCACAGUAGAAAUUAGAGAACAUAUUCAGCUUAAUGAAAGUAAAAUUGUUAAACAAGCUGGAGUUGCCACAAAAGGGCCCAAUGAAUAUAUUCAAGAAAUAGAAUUUGAAAACUUGUCUCCAGGAAGUGUUAUUAUAUUCAGAGUUAGUCUUGAUCCACAUGCACAAGUUGCUGUUGGAAUUCUUCGAAAUCAUCUGACACAGUUCAGUCCUCACUUUAAAUCUGGGAGCCUAGCUGUUGACAAUUCAGAUCCUAUAUUAAAAAUUCCUUUUGCUUCUAUUGCCUCCAGAUUAACUUUGGCUGAGCUAAAUCAGAUCCUUUACCGAUGUGAAUCAGAAGAAAAGGAAGAUGGUGGAGGGUGCUAUGACAUACCAAACUGGUCAGCCCUUAAAUAUGCAGGUCUUCAAGGUUUAAUGUCUGUAUUGGCAGAAAUAAGACCAAAGAAUGACUUGGGGCAUCCUUUUUGUAAUAAUUUGAGAUCUGGAGAUUGGAUGAUUGACUAUGUCAGUAACCGGCUUAUUUCACGAUCAGGAACUAUUGCUGAAGUUGGUAAAUGGUUGCAGGCUAUGUUCUUCUACCUGAAGCAGAUCCCACGUUACCUUAUCCCAUGUUACUUUGAUGCUAUAUUAAUUGGUGCAUAUACCACUCUUCUGGAUACAGCAUGGAAGCAGAUGUCAAGCUUUGUUCAGAAUGGUUCAACCUUUGUGAAACACCUUUCAUUGGGUUCAGUUCAACUGUGUGGAGAAGGAAAAUUCCCUUCCCUGCCAAUUCUUUCACCUGCCCUAAUGGAUGUACCUUAUAGGUUAAAUGAGAUCACAAAAGAAAAGGAGCAAUGUUGUGUUUCUCUAGCUGCAGGCUUACCUCAUUUUUCUUCUGGUAUUUUCCGCUGCUGGGGAAGGGAUACUUUUAUUGCACUUAGAGGUAUACUGCUAAUUACUGGACGCUAUGUAGAAGCCAGGAAUAUUAUUUUAGCAUUUGCUGGUACCCUGAGGCAUGGUCUCAUUCCUAAUCUACUGGGUGAAGGAACUUAUGCCAGAUACAAUUGUCGGGAUGCUGUGUGGUGGUGGCUGCAGUGUAUCCAGGAUUACUGUAAAAUGGUUCCAAAUGGUCUAGACAUUCUCAAGUGCCCAGUUUCCAGAAUGUAUCCUACAGAUGAUUCUGCUCCUUUGCCUGCUGGCACACUGGAUCAGCCAUUGUUUGAAGUCAUACAGGAAGCAAUGCAAAAACACAUGCAGGGCAUACAGUUCCGAGAAAGGAAUGCUGGUCCCCAGAUAGAUCGAAACAUGAAGGACGAAGGUUUUAAUAUAACUGCAGGAGUUGAUGAAGAAACAGGAUUUGUUUAUGGAGGAAAUCGUUUCAAUUGCGGCACAUGGAUGGAUAAAAUGGGAGAAAGUGACAGAGCUAGAAACAGAGGAAUCCCAGCCACACCAAGAGAUGGGUCUGCUGUGGAAAUUGUGGGCCUGAGUAAAUCUGCUGUUCGCUGGUUGCUGGAAUUAUCCAAAAAAAAUAUUUUCCCUUAUCAUGAAGUCACAGUAAAAAGACAUGGAAAGGCUGUAAAGGUCUCAUAUGAUGAGUGGAACAGAAAAAUACAAGACAACUUUGAAAAGCUAUUUUAUGUUUCAGAAGACCCUUCAGAUUUAAAUGAAAAGCAUCCAAAUCUGGUUCACAAACGUGGCAUAUACAAAGAUAGUUAUGGAGCUUCAAGUCCUUGGUGUGACUAUCAGCUCAGGCCUAAUUUUACCAUAGCAAUGGUUGUGGCCCCUGAGCUCUUUACUACAGAAAAAGCAUGGAAAGCUUUGGAGAUUGCAGAAAAAAAAUUGCUUGGUCCCCUUGGCAUGAAAACUUUAGAUCCAGAUGAUAUGGUUUACUGUGGAAUUUAUGACAAUGCAUUAGACAAUGACAACUACAAUCUUGCUAAAGGUUUCAAUUAUCACCAAGGACCUGAGUGGCUGUGGCCUAUUGGGUAUUUUCUUCGUGCAAAAUUAUAUUUUUCCAGAUUGAUGGGCCCGGAGACUACUGCAAAGACUAUAGUUUUGGUUAAAAAUGUUCUUUCCCGACAUUAUGUUCAUCUUGAGAGAUCCCCUUGGAAAGGACUUCCAGAACUGACCAAUGAGAAUGCCCAAUACUGUCCUUUCAGCUGUGAAACACAAGCCUGGUCAAUUGCUACUAUUCUUGAGACACUUUAUGAUUUAUAAUUGAUUACAGAUAUUAAGUAUGCAAUUACUUGUAUUAUAGGAUGCAAGGUCAUCAUGUAAAUGCCUUAUAUGCACAGGCUCAAGUCAUUUUAAAAAUCUCAUUUAUUAUAAUAUUGAUGCUCAAUCAGGUAAGAUUGUAAAAGCAUUGAUUUUUUUUUUAAUGUACAGAGGUAGAUUUCAAUUUGAAUCAGAAAGAAAGAUCAUUGCCAGUGAAAUGUGUUUGAGUUCAGUAAGAAUUAUUCAAAUGCCUAGAAAUCCAGAGUUUGAAAAGGAAAAAUCAUGUCAUCUUCUAUUUGUACAGAAAUGAAAAUAAAAUAUGAAAAUAUAAUAAUGAAAGAAAUGAAAAGAUAGCUUUUAAUUGUGGUAUAUAUAAUCUUCAGUAACAAUACAUACUGAAUACACUGUGGUUCAUUAAUGUUAUUACCACUUACUGUAGUAUUCUUAAUACAAUGCUCACUGCAUUUAAUAAAUAUUUAAUAAAUGGUGAAUGAUAGAAGUUUCCAUCUACAAUAUAUGUUCCUAAAUGGAGCACAGAUGUUCAAACUAUGCUUUCAUUUUUUCACUGAUGUAUUAAUUUUUGUGUAAUGAAUGCCAACAGUAUAUUUUAUAUGAUUUACUUAUGUAAGGAAAUAUGCAAAGCAUUGGGAAAUUUAUUUCCUAAAAACAGUUUUGUAAAAUUAAUAUUGAGUUCUAGUUUUAUAAGAUAGCUUACAUUUUCAAAAUGGAAAUUGUUGGUCAUAUUUCUAGAACUUUAAAGAAAAAAUGUUAUAUUAGUUUUCUAAAACUCAACUAUCUUUAGUCAUGUUCAAAAAUCUAUUGCUAGAUCAUAGUAGAUACUGGUUUUCUAUUAACUCAAAACCUACAUUGACAAGUUUAACAUUGAGAAGAAUCUUAAUAAAAAUAUGGAUAUGAAUUCAGUAGAUAUCUUAAAUUCAAUAAAAUCACUGGAAGUUUUUCAUGAUAACUUAUUUUAAGAUACCUUAAAAAUCUUAAAGUCACAAAAGGAAAAAGGUUUUAACAUUUAUAUGAGUUAACGUUUUUUCAUAGAACUUAUUUCCUAGAUAGAAUUUUGUACCAUUUUUUACUGUUUUCUUAAGAAAACAGUUAAAUCAUUAUGCAUUCAGUUGGAAGAAAGUAGUUGCAAGAAUUCUUUCAUUGCUAUAUAAUAUUCAGUGGCUCAUUUAUAGCUAAUAAAAUAAUGGUAUUUUAAAGUAAUGCUACUUUUAAAGUAGCAUUUUUUUAGUUAGUUUACAGGUUACAUACCCAAAACCUUAACUAUGACUAAGAAAUUAAAGAAGAAAACCAGCAAACUAAAACAUCUGGGCAGCAAAAAUUGAUAAAUUCUUCAGAUGUCAAAUACCCAUGCUUGAAAGCUCAUGUAAUUUACUUUAAGAUUAUCUGCCUGCUCUUCUUCAAAGCUGACCUUGCUUUAGAAAUAGUUUUAACUAGCUUAGUUUUCUGGUUUCCAAAACUAAAACAGAUUAAAUCCUACAAAUUUAAGGACAGUUGUGACAGUAAUCUGAGACCACUAUCUAUAAAUACAUUGGUUUCCAAAUCUCCCUUUCUUCUUCAUUUCCUUCCUUGUUCAAUAUAUAACCUUCUCUAAACUGUGUGGGUAAAAGGAAUGACUGUCCUUGAGAGAACCAUUAGUUCAUCAAAGGUUUAUGUAGUUUUGUUGCUGUAGCCUAACUUUGAUAUUAAGGGAGGUAAGAAAGGUAACAGAAAACCAGCAUAUUUAAUCAAAGCAAGAAGUAAUCACUGACAGUUAAAUGUGACCAAAAAAAUUAAAAGUUCACAAUUUUUUUAAUGUAGCCAUUUGGGGUUAUCUCUAGUAAGGCAGAUACCCACGUUGGUAAACUUUUAGGAUAUUGUGUUACACUAGAAAACUAAGUGGUUCAUAUUUCUAAUGAGGAAGAUUAAUGAAAGAACAUUGUUAUAUUCUGCAUGGUAUAUUUUAAAGUUUAAGAAGGCAUGUUAAACAUUAUUUCCUCUAUGGUAGUUAAAAUACAGAAUUAGAUUUUUAACAGGUGUCAUUUGACUAAAGAACGUUUAGGUAGAAUGCUUCAUACUUGAGUGAUGCUGGAUAAGGUAGUAUUAUAUUAUAUUUCAACAAUGGACUAUGCCUUGGUUUUUCACUAAUCAAAAUCAAAAUUACUCUUUAACAUGAUAAAUGAAUUUGCCAGUUUAGUAUGCUGUGGUAUUUUAGAAAGUUUUCAAAGAUAAUUGGGAAAACAUGAGACUGAUCAUGUUUAUGAAUAUUGUAACAUGUGAAUUGUGAUCCAUUUCUGAUAUGUCUUGAACUACUGUGUCUAGUGGGCAAAUGUCAUUGUUACCUCUGUGUGUUAAGAAAAUAAAAAUAUUUU